ACCGCUCGAGAGACCUUCCGGAGGCGCUUGGGACUCAGAAGCCAUCUGGACGCGCGGGAGCCCGCUCUGCAAACGCGGAGAGAGGCGCAGGUGGCGGUCCUCUGGAGGGGAACCUUUCAGCGCAGAUUGGGUCAGGCACGCGCCAGGACAGCCCUCGAAGCUCGUCCCAGAAGCCCGCGCGCCGCCGGGGUCCUAACAGGCAGCGCUACCUUCCGCCGCACGUGUGUUCAGCGCCAUGCCCAAAUCCAAGCGCGACAAGAAAGUUUCCUUAACCAAAACUGCCAAGAAAGGCUUGGAACUGAAACAGAACCUGAUAGAAGAGGUGAGGUUCUUUUGUCCGUUUUAUUUUUCCAGAGCUUGUGUUUGGUGUUCAGCAGUGGGUGUGGAACUGUUGGCCAGGGGAACAUACUGUUAAAGAAAAUACCAAACUGCUGGUCCCACCUGUAUUCCUGCAGCAGCAGCAGCAGCAAUAAUGCCAAAUGAGCCCCAUGAAUUGUCCCACAGCUUCGGAAAUGUGUGGACACGUACAAGUACCUCUUCAUCUUCUCCGUGGCCAACAUGAGGAACAGCAAGCUGAAGGACAUCCGGAACGCCUGGAAGCACAGCCGGAUGUUCUUUGGCAAAAACAAGGUGAUGAUGGUGGCCUUGGGUCGAAGCCCGUCUGACGAGUACAAAGACAACCUGCACCAGGUCAGCAAGAAGCUGAGAGGUGAAGUUGGUCUCCUUUUCACCAAUCGCACUAAGGAGGAAGUGAAUGAGUGGUUCACUAAAUUCACGGAAAUGGACUACGCCCGAGCUGGUAACAAAGCAAUGUUCACAGUGAGCCUGGAUCCCGGGCCGCUGGAGCAGUUCCCCCACUCCAUGGAGCCGCAGCUGAGGCAGCUGGGGCUGCCCACUGCCCUCAAGAAAGGUGUGGUGACCCUGCUGUCCGACUACGAGGUGUGCAAGGAGGGCGAUGUGCUGACCCCGGAGCAGGCCCGCAUCCUGAAGCUUUUUGGGUAUGAGAUGGCUGAAUUCAAGGUAACCAUCAAAUACGUGUGGGAUGCACAGUCCAGAAGGUUUGAACAGAUGGGCGACAGCUUGCCAGAGAGCGCAUCUGAGUCAGCAGAGGAGUCCGAGGAAGACGACGAUGACUGACUGGGGCGCUCGGGAUGGAGGCCUCUGGCAAGCCCCAGGUCUCCCCUUGGCGGGACCAGCAGGACUGCUGCUUCCCCACUUGAGGGAGCAGCUAUUUGUUUUGCUACAGGUGAAGACAAGGGAGGAUCAAAGAGACUUUCUAUAAAGAAUAAAGGUUCAUCUGCAGGGUUUCUCUCUGUGGACAGCAAAAGGAACCUUUUUUAGGAAAAGGAGGCUUGGGAUUUGUGCUUUUGUCUGGAUUCCCAGGAUUCCCUUUGUUCGCUUCAUGAGCUGGCAUCCAGCACUGGGCCACUGCUUGACCACCGUGGCCUGAGCAGCAAAGCCCAGUGAGAGCAACCACUGAGGCUGGGGGUUCUCUUCCAGAGCUGGGAACCUUUUGCUUAAACAGGGAUAUUAUGAGGAAAACAGACACCCUCGCUCUUCCCUCCCCCCCCCCCCAAAAAAAACCAAGCAGAAGACAGGAGGUUUGAGCAGAGCCAAGAGAAAAGUCACUACUGGAGCUGAGAGCCAGGAACAUUCACUGAUACUCUCCACGGCCUCCUGGGGGGCCUCACUCUUCCCCUUGGUGGUGACUCUUAACGGUAGGCUUCUGCCCAGGUUGUUCCAUUUCUAAGUAUUGAGGGCAUUUCUGAAUCCGAGAAAGCCAACUUCAGUGUGUAGCCCUUUGUUUCUCUGUCAGGCAUAGAAAAGGGAGAGCUGCCACAAGCCCCACUGCUGAGGUCAGGCUGGGGAGUCCCCUGCGAGGUAGUGUGCCCGUGAGGCCCUCCCACUGACUGGUCUCUUAAGACUCCGAUCCAUACUCCUGCCCUCCUCUCACCAAACCCAUAGCAAAGAUAGGAAACAGGCAGCCGAAGAAACAC